AUGAAGUGUUGUAGAUUAUACGCGUCCCUCAACAAGCGUGGUGGGAGGGUCAUAGGUAGCGACCUACAGAGUGGUUCCGCGUCCUUCAGGGUACGAGCACUCAUGCCCGUGGCAGAGAGCUUCAAGUUUGCGAUGGAGCUUCGCACGCACACGUCGGGCCUGGCCGCGCCACAGUUGAUGUUCAGUCAUUGGGAGGUAAUCGAUAUUGAUCCCUUCUGGAGACCAAGAACUGAAGAAGAAUACCUUCAUUGGGGUGAAAAAUGGGAUGGAGUGAAUAGAGCUAAGGCGUACAUGGACGCUGUGAGGACUAGGAAAGGUUUGGCGACAGACAAACAACUUGUGCAACACGCGGAAAAACAAAGAACUCUGUCCAAGAAGAAA